AUGGAUGAACGAGCUACGGAGCUAUUAGCUGCCCUGCGCAACACCUCCCUCUCCGUUGAUGCAAAGAUAGCAUCGCUGACCAAGCUUAAGUCGGAGAUCAAACAGAAGAAUGUUCCUACGUCCGCUGCCGGGGAUAUAUUCGAUGCCAUUCGCCUGGCUAUUGCGUCACAGCAUGCGUCCCUCUCCGCUGGUGGUUUCUCCGCGCUUGGUCACCUGCUGAAGCGACUCUAUCUCCAGGAACAGAAUGGCCUGAUCGCCAGCCAAGGGCGACAUACGUACUCGCUGCUGCUUGAGAAACUCGGCGAUCACAAGGAGCGUGUACGGGCUCACGCAUCUCAGGCGUUUGUGGACUUUUGGCAGUCGGCUCCCACAGAGGUUGAGCACCAUGUUCUAGAGGUCGCCCUCGUUGGCAAGAGCCCUAGGGCGAAAGAAACUAGUAUGAUGUGGCUGGUAAAGUUUUGGCUUUUUGUUUUAUACACACCGGCUGACUCCCAUGCUAUGCAGAUGACAAAGGAACGUGGGGUUCUUUUCCGUGCUCAUGUUCCUAGCCUCGUGGUUGGCCUUGAGGAUGCAGACAGCUCCGUCAGAGAGACGGCCAAGGCUGCCGUGAUCGAGUUAUUUCAAAACGCCCCUCCACGAGCUAUAUCAGACUUAAAGAAACAGAUUCAGUCUCAUAAUGUCAGGAGGUCUAUUGCUUUAUCAAUAUUUGCGGCGCUGGGCAUCAAUUCUGUACCCGAUGCAGACCUCCCAUCCUCCCACUCUGGCAUGCCUGCCCGGCCAGGAAGCAGCUUCUCUCACCGUCGAGAAGAACCAGCAAGGCCAAACUCAGUUCUUUCAACACGCUCACAUCAUCACCAAGAUGGAAGCACCAGCAUUGAGCAUGAGGUUCCCAUUUCUCUUGACCCUAUUACCAUAUAUUCGAAUAGGGAAAUCGAUGAGAUGUUUCGUGAUAUGAUACCCCAUUUUGAGGGCAAAGAAACUGAGCACAACUGGCUACACCGUGAAAGGAGUGUCCACACCUUGCGGAGGUUGACCAAAGGAAAUGCACCUCAAGAUUACCAAGCUCACUAUUUGGCAGGCAUAAAACAGCUACUCGAUGGCAUUCUCAAAGCAGUCAAUUCCCUCCGUACUACUCUAUCAGCUGCAGGCUGCUCUCUCCUUCAAGAUAUUGCUCGAGUAAACGGCCCGGCCAUAGAACCAAUGGUGGAGAUUCUGCUUCAAAAUCUUAUCAAACUGUGCGGUGCUGUUAAAAAAAUAACCUCCCAAAGCGGGAAUAUAACUGUUGAUACCAUCAUUGGCAACAUCUCUUACUCCAGUCGUCUCCUUCAGCAUAUGUGGGCUGCAUGCCAGGACAAAAAUACUCAGCCAAGGCUUUUUGCUACAAGAUGGCUUAAAACGCUCAUGAACCGGCAUGCUAAACAUAAGAAUACUAUUGAGCAUAGCGGUGGUGUGGAUAUUAUUGAAAAAUGUAUCAAGAAGGGCUUGGCCGAUGCUAAUCCGGGAGUUCGAGAAAACAUGCGUGGAACUUACUGGACCUUCGCAAGUAUAUGGCCAGAUAGGGCUAGAAGUAUUAUUUCCGAGUUGGAUACCAAGUCAAGGGCACUCCUUGAAAAGGAUGCUGGGAAUCCUAACGCAGCUGCUCACACCACAGCUACUUCGGCUUCCCGCAGUGGACAGCCUUAUAGCUCUUCCUCAAUGAGGAUGACUUUGAAAGAAACCAUUGCUGCUCAAAAGAAGGCUCGGCUAGCUGCAGCAAAGAACCUCCCUCCGCGCCCAGAGUCUGCUCAAUCUGCGUUCGCGGAGCCAAAGUUGGCAAGGCCCAACUUACAAAGACAGCCGGCAUCCUCCGCAUCUAUUCGCAAUGUACCUACCGGAACUCAACCUUCAUCGUCAUCGUCAUCAUCUGCCCAAGGAGGCUCGCUUUCGUCUGCCCCAAUGCGGCCCGGGAUGCGCUCUCGCAGACCGGAGCUGUCGAGGCCUGCAACGGCGGACCCUUAUUCCCGAAGAAAUGCCCCCCUCAGUGCUCAAUCUCAGGUAUUAAGUCCCACCAAUAGUCCACAGAGGUUUUCUCCAAAGUCAGCUCCGGCUCCCCGCACAAGGAACCCUCCGGCAAGGCCAAAGUCUAGGAUGGAAGGUGUAACAACAAAUACUCUUCAAAGGAAAGCCGCAGCAUCCGAACCCCCGAUGGCUCAGCCGCUUGAACCUGAAACUACCAAUUUGAUUGAUCCAGAGCCGGAGAAGGAGCAGCAAAUUGUACCUGAACCAGAACCUGAACCUGAGGCAGCCAUCCCAGUCUCUCGGACACUCGAUGAAGAUAUUUUGAGCCCGACCAAAGCACACGAAGACUUUACCAUUGUCUUGCCUGAUAUCAAUGACCCAAUACAGGUUGAAGCUCCUCAGACUCCAGUUCAACCUUCAGUGGUGACAUCACUAGAAUCAGUGGAUAGAAGCCCAAUGGAAGCGCCCGCAGAACCUUCCAUCGAAACACCAGUUGAAGUGACAGGGGAAGUAUCUAUUGAACCCCAGCAUGAAGAAUCAACCGAAGCGCCAGUGGAAGCACCCGCAUCGACUAUUGAAGCAGCAGUUGAGCCAGCUGAGGUAUUGGAUGAAACCCCAGCUGAAACCCUAGUUGAAACCCCGGUUGCCACGCAAGCCGACAUUCCGGUUGAGCCUCCGGUUGAAGCUCCAAAUGAUAAUCAAACCGCUAGUGAUUUGGCUGACCUUCCGAAUGUCAAUGCCGACCCCACAGAGUCGUCCCGCAUUGAAGACACGCCUCAAGCACCGCCAGAUCCUCACAAGGAUGCAGUUAUCACUGGCGGUCAAAUAACUCCUCCUAGACAACUCGUACUCAGCACAACUCCUCUAUCUAAAAUCCCUACUUCUCCUAAAUUCCGCCAACACAGCAGGGAAAUUGUUCUCUCUAGCCCCCUACGCACUCCUCCAAAGAGCCAUGUUCGACCCUCGGAACCAGAAAGCUCCUCCAUUAUCAAACUCUCACCACCAUCAACCGCUGCUGAAUCCAACGGAGCAACGGCCCUCAAAGUCUAUGAGGAUCCUCAGUCUCCGAUCUCAAAGGCUUCUACUUCUUCGCCCACAACGCCUCACACAAACCGACUAAUUUCAAAAACCAAACCUCUUGAGGCCCGACCACUCAAUGAACCCUCAAGUACCAAUCGCAAAUACAACCAGGAUGCCCAGAGUAUUUCUCCACUUUCAUAUUCACCUCCGGCCUCUGCGUCCAAUGAGAACUCCCAUCGACGAUGGAAGAAGGCUGAAAUAUCAGAAAAGCGAAGAAGCCUCAGCCCUCAUUCUAAAGAUCCUAAUCGGGCACGAGAUAUGGUCGAUAGAGGGCUUAUGAGAAUUCGAACCUCGGCUCUAGAUGUCCAUGGGUAUAGAAAAUUCCAGAGCCUUAUCCGUUACCAUGACUCUAUCUUAAAUGAUGAAGCAAAGUAUUCUCAAAUCUUGCUUGCUUUGUUCGAUGCGUUAGAAUCACCGGAUGAAAACAGAGUAUCGAGUACAAGCCGAUCCUUUGACCUCAAAACGCAAAUUCUCUUCACUAUACGGCUCAUGCUAUCGCAAAACCGGGAAUAUUUCUCCAAGUUUUACUCGAGAGCAAUGGUGUCAAUCAUCCGGACAAGGAAACACUAUGAAAUCACGAAUCACAUUGUUUCUGGCCUUGAAGAGACGUCCGAAGAUAUUGUUAGCGCCUGCAACCCUCAAGAGGUAGUGGACGAUAUUCUUCAACUUCUGGAAACAGAAGAGAAGUCAAUAGAAGCAAGUCGGAUGGUAUCCAUGGGCACAUAUGUCCUUUGUGGACUCCUUCACCGCUUGAAUGAAAAGAAGCUCUACUUCAAUGAUUCCGAACUCCAACGGCUCGGCAAAUUUGCCAGCGAAAAUCUCAGAAAUCCUCAGCCGGACGUCCGCCGUGCAGUCAUGGACUUCUGCCUAGAACUACACGAGAUGGUAAAGCCUGAAGAGAAGUUCUGGUCCAUUGUUAACUCUCCCGGAGAAGACGUUCGGCCACUCCUGACAUACUAUAUCGUGAGAAAACCUAAGGCUUAG